UCCAAUAUGGCUGCGCCCAUUGAUGUCAAUAUUUGGAGCAGCAAAAACUGCUGAUAACGAUUGUUUUACUGCAUACUCUUAUACACAAUCUCUUACUUGAAUUUCUUUAUUGUCUUAGGAUGUUUAUCAGAAGAAUUUAUUCUAUGGUGAAGAUCAGUGGUUCAUAUAGAUCACUUAUAUCUGUGUCACAAGCAACAAAAGCAAUAAGCUCAAAUAUAUGCAGAAGAUGUUUUCACAGGUACUAUAGUGUCCAAGCCACAAAAGAUCUGCCACAGCCUGUCUUUCUUCAAGCAGAGAAGUAUCAAAACAAAGUUGCAAUAAUAGACCAACAUGGUAGCUUUAAAUAUCAGGAUAUUUUACAUUAUAGUAAAACACUUUCACAGGAAAUUAUAGAACAAGUCAAUGGUAAUAGCAAGAAUGAAUCUCUUCCAGAAAACACCCAUGUGGCAUUCCUAUGUGACAAUGAUGUAUCUUAUGUUGUGGCACAAUGGGCCACAUGGAUGGCAGGAGGUGUGGCAGUCCCACUUUGUAAAAGUCAUCCACAAAAUGAAUUAGAAUAUGUUAUCCAAAAUGCACAAUGUUCAAUAGUUUUAACCACAGCAGACCACCUUCAUAAAGUAGAACCUAUAACAAAAAAAUUAAGCAUUCCACUCCGAGUAUUAGAGAAGGAAAACUAUACAGGAUAUUACGAAGCAGACCAGAACGCUUGGUUUAUUGAUCGACAUAUGAGUUUAGAUUGUAAAAAUCUGGUAAAACAUAACCAUUAUAAAAACCAGUCAUGCUUGAUUAUAUAUACUAGUGGAACCACAGGGAGACCAAAGGGUGUUGUACUGACCUACGGAAAUAUUCACUGUAACAUUACAGGAAUGAUAUCAGCUUGGGAAUGGACGUCUAACGAUGUGAUAUUACAUGUUUUGCCCUUACAUCAUGUCCAUGGUGUAGUUAAUGCAUUAAUGGUACCAUUAUACUGUGGGGCAACCUGUGUUAUGUUGCCAAAAUUUGAUGAAAAAGUGGUUUGGGAGAAACUUGCAGUUAAAAGAAAGACUGGAAUAGACAUCACUAUUUUUAUGGCUGUGCCAACAAUUUAUGCCAAGUUGAUAGAAUACUAUGAAAGAAGUGAAGAGGAGAACCAACUAGCUUCUCAAUUCCUGUCUGCCUCAUGUGAAAAUAUAAGAUUGAUGGUAUCAGGGUCAGCUGCCUUACCAAGGACAGUUAUGGACAAGUGGAAGGUGAUUAGUGGACAUACAUUACUGGAGAGAUAUGGGAUGACAGAGUUAGGCAUGGUGCUGACUAAUCCAUUACAAGGGGAACGAAUUCCUGGAGCAGUAGGCAAUCCAUUUCCAGGUGUGAGGGUAGCCAUCAGUAAACCUAAUGUUUAUAGUACUAAUAGUUAUGAUGUCAUAGCAAAAGGAAACUCCACAACUACAAAUGUGACAAAAGGAAUGGAAGGUGAGCAGGGAGAGUUAUUAGUAAAAGGACCAACAGUAUUCAAGGAAUAUUGGAAGAAUCCGUCAGCUACUAAAUCUAGUUUUACUAAAGAUGGCUGGUUUAAAACAGGUGAUACUGCAGUCUACACAGAUGGGGUAUACAGAAUCAUGGGAAGGACCUCUGUCGAUAUCAUCAAGAGUGGCGGAUAUAAAAUCAGUGCUUUAGACAUAGAACGCCAUCUACUGGAACAUCCAGAUAUUUCAGAAUGUGUGGUGGUGGGUUUACCUGACAUUACCUGGGGUCAGAAGGUCGCAGCAGUUAUAGUGACUAAAUCAAAUCACCAUUUAAAACUCUUUGAUUUAAAAUCCUGGUGUCGCAAUAAAAUUCCUUCAUACCAAAUACCAUCAGAACUAAAAAAUGUCUCGGAAAUUCCUAGAAAUGCAAUGGGAAAAGUCAACAAGAAGGAAAUAGUUAAACAAUUAUUUAAUGGAAGAAAAGUAUGAAUUUUGUGUGUUUUAAAAUUUAUGUAUAUGAUAAUUUGAUUUUUAUAGGUUAAAUAUACAAAUGUUCCAUCUUUAGCAGUUUCUGAGCAUGCUUGCAUAUUAUAAUAAAAGUCUAUAAGGGCUAUACCUAUACUGAACAUAUUUAUAUAUUCUGUACUAUGUGUAAUUAGUUUAAGACACUAGGACUGUUUCUGAAAUUUGAUCCAUUUCUGACUCUCAGUAUCAUUUCUAUAAUAAAAAAAAAAAGAAAUUUUUGGUAAGAAUUUAUCUGCAAGUUAGAUAUAUUUCACGCUGUUAUA